UGGAGUGUGGACUGACUCUCCUUUCAAUUUUACACAAUUUAAAGGUGCUUCUUCUUCUUGAGCCUUGACUUUAUACUACUACACCAAAAGAACUACCAAACUGAGCUCCAAAUUAGUUAAUCCUAUAGCUAUGGCGUCUUCACUAUUCAUUUCAACUCCAAUUCCAACUAAACCCAUAUCUAAACAAAUACCCUUUUCUUUUCCCUCUUCAAAUCCUAUAAUCCGUUCGUUUACCCACAAACCCUCGAGGAAUUUGGUGGUUUCUUCUUCUGCAGCUACAACAAAUGCAAUUGAAGCUGAUACACGAACAUCUAACUCUGCUGCUACUCCAGCAAAGUCACUUCCUUUUAGAGUUGGUCAUGGAUUUGACCUUCAUCGAUUGGAACCAGGGUAUCCUUUGAUUAUUGGUGGGAUUAAUAUUCCUCAUGAUAAAGGCUGUGAAGCUCACUCGGAUGGUGAUGUUUUGCUUCAUUGUGUUGUUGAUGCAAUUUUGGGAGCUUUGGGGCUUCCUGAUAUUGGGCAGAUUUUCCCGGACACUGAUCCUAAAUGGAAGGGUGCGCCUUCUUCGGUAUUCAUGGAAGAAGCUGUGCGUUUAAUGCAUGAAGCAGGUUAUGAAUUGGGAAACCUCGACGCCACUUUGAUUCUACAAAGACCAAAAGUAAGUCCGCACAAGGAAGCGAUUAGAGCCAACUUGUGUAAGCUGCUUGGUGCUGAUCCAUCAGUUGUAAACUUGAAAGCAAAAACUCAUGAGAAAGUUGACAGUCUCGGAGAGAACAGGAGUAUUGCUGCUCAUACUGUUGUUCUUCUUAUGAAAAAAUAGUGAAUAAAGGUGGUCAAGUUUGGUGUGUAAAACUUGUAUACUCUAGCAUUGGCAGCCAUUCAGGAAGAACAUCAUAUUGGUAAAAGAGUCAUGGAUAUUUUCUAUUAGUACUUCAUAGUCAAAAAGAAGGGGAGCUUUGGCGUAA